CCAGAAGGCGGUCCCAGGAAUUUAUAAAAGGUCAUUACCUCACCCAAUCCUAAAUUCCUCCCCCAAUUUCCUUUUCUUCCUUUUGCUGAUUGUUCUCUCCGCGUCCUCUCGAAUAAAAAUCCUCCUCCUCCUCCUCCUCCUCCUACCCAUCCAGAAGCUACCACAAUCCCCGAGGGAGGAUCAAUUUCAUCUCAGAGUUUGAGAUGGCUUCCAAGCGGAUCUUGAAGGAACUCAAGGAUUUGCAGAAAGAUCCUCCUACAUCAUGCAGUGCUGGUCCUGUUGCUGAAGACAUGUUCCAUUGGCAAGCAACAAUCAUGGGUCCUCCAGAUAGUCCAUAUGCUGGCGGUGUUUUCCUGGUCACUAUCCAUUUCCCUCCAGAUUAUCCAUUUAAGCCUCCCAAGGUAGCUUUCAGAACAAAGGUAUUCCACCCAAAUAUAAAUAGCAAUGGAAGCAUUUGCCUAGACAUAUUGAAGGAGCAGUGGAGCCCUGCAUUAACCAUAUCCAAGGUGUUGCUUUCAAUCUGCUCAUUGUUGACAGAUCCCAAUCCUGAUGAUCCUUUAGUGCCAGAGAUUGCUCAUAUGUACAAGACAGACAGAAAUAAGUAUGAGACAACUGCAAGAAGCUGGACCCAGAAGUAUGCCAUGGGCUAAAUGCUCUCUGGUGCAAUUGAGGAGAAGUCCUUUGUCCUAUUCAUUUUAAUUUUUGUCUAUCUGUUGUGUAUCAAUGCUUGUCUUAUCUCCAAUCUAAAUGGGCUAAAGAAGUCCAUAACAAAACCCUAGUUAAAAGAGCAACAUAUAUUUGUUGCUUUCAAAUUGAUGUAUGGAUAUUAUUACGGUGGAACUGUGCCAAUAUGUCCAUUCAACAUAAGCUUUAUGUGUUCCAAUUAAAUGUCAUCUUAUGUUGCUUAAAAUA